CUCCUUUCGCAUUUUCUCGCAUAGUUUGUCACUUCAAGCUUGCCGUUGCGGAGCCGUUAAGUUUGUCCUAUCUUGUUUGUCGUACCGGCGGCAGCUGCUUGUGUGCCGUAUUAUCACGACCCCGUGGGUAAAAGAUGGGGUCGCGUUUUACACGAGCGCUUAGGAAUUUUAAUUUGGAAAAUCGUGUUGUCAAAGAAAUCAGUAAACCAAAGCCGUCAGCAGCCCCGCGUUAUCCUUCAGAUAAACACCAAUUUGAGCAAAGCAGCGAAGAAUCUAUAAUCCAUGAUGACAUCCAUAAGAAAAAUGACCAUCUAUUAAAAUUAUUGAAGACAAUAUAUGUUGAGACAAAAGAUCCUUCUUUAGAGAAGAGGAAACCAGAUCUGCCUGUUUUGAUGGAAGUGGAGCACAGACACCCUAAAUUCAGUCUACCAAAUGAGUCUUUACAAAUGUUAAAUAUCAAAACAAUACCGAAAGGAAAAUUAACUGUUGUUGAAGCUGUGAUGAUCCUGAACAAUCAUAAGAAGUCUCCAGCAACCUGGACUGUAGAAAAUAUUGCCCAAGAGUACUGUUUAGAUUUAAAUGAAACCAAGGCAGUUUUAGAUUUUUUCAUUCCUUUUAAUGUGAAAAUUAUACCACCUAAACAAGACAGCAAGAAAAAAAUAAAAGCCACAUAGCACUGGUCCACUGCCUUCAGUUAUGGACAAUAAUAAAAAUAAAUGAGUUAAUAUUAUCAGGCCUGUCAUUUUUUCAUUUACUUGGAGUUUUUAUAGAGAUACAUGAUUUGUUUUUUUGUUAAACUGUGUAUGUCUGAACAGGAUAUAUUUAUCUACUGUGUAUGGUAUGCCUGCUAAGAAUAAAGAUAUGAAUGUACAUUUUCUUA